AUGGCUCCCGGCACCAUCUCCCCCGGCCUGCACCAUGGCAACCAGGACGUCGACCUGACCUCCUCCGCCAUCGAGCACAAGCUCGACGCCCUCCCCAAGAAGGCCAACGGCCACUCCAACGGCACCACCGCCUCCAAGCCCGCCUACCAAGAACUCGACGCCUCCAAGCUCGUCUACAACCGCACGAAGAACCCCCGCGACGUCCCCGACCUCGCCUCCGCCAACGCCGGCCCCGAGACCAUCUGCACCGACCACAUGAUCGCCGCCACCUGGAAGGCCGGCGCCGGCUGGUCCGCCCCGGAGCUCAAGCCCUACGGCCCCCUCUCCCUCAUGCCCACCGCCUCCGUCCUCCACUACGCCACCGAGUGCUUCGAGGGCCUCAAGGCCUACCGCGGCUUCGACGGCGCCCUCCGCCUCUUCCGCCCCGACCGCAACUGCGAGCGCAUGCUCAUGUCCUCAACCCGCAUCGCCCUGCCCUCCUUCCCCCCGGCCGAGCUCGAGAAGCUCCUCCUCGCCCUCAUGGCCGUCGACGGCGCCAAGUGGCUCCCCCGCGACCGCCCCGGCUCCUUCCUCUACCUCCGCCCCACCAUGAUCGGCACCCAGUCCCAGCUCGGCGUCCAGGCCCCCUCCGAGGCCAUGCUGUACAUCAUCUGCUCCUUCAUGCCCACCAUGGACAGCCCCGCCGGCGGCAUGAGGCUACACACGAGCCCGGAGGACAUGGUUCGCGCCUGGGUCGGCGGUUUCGGGUACGCCAAGGUUGGCGCCAACUACGGGCCCUCGCUGCUGGCCACCGCCGAGGCGCGCAGCAGGGGGUUCGGCCAGAUCCUGUGGCUGUACGGCCAGGAGCAGUACUGCACCGAGGCGGGCGCUAGCAACUUCUUCGUGGUGUGGAAGAACAAGGAGACGGGCAAGACGGAGCUCGUCACGGCGCCGCUCGACGACCGGUUGAUUCUUGACGGUGUCACGAGACGGAGUGUGUUGCAGCUCGUCCGCGAGCGUCUGGCUGACGACGUGGAGGUUGUCGAGAGAAGAUAUACCAUUGACGAGGUCAUUGAGGCGGACCAGGAGGGCCGUCUUGUUGAGUCUUUCGCGGCUGGUACUGCUUUCUUCGUCUGCCCCAUCUCUCGUAUCCACCACCGCGGCAAGGACGUCGAGAUCGGCAUGGGCAGCACCGGCGAGGGCGGCAAGUACACCCUCACCAUCAAGAAGUGGAUGAAGGACAUCAUGUACGGCGGCGAGCAGCACGAGUGGGGCGUCGUUGUCCAGGAGGAGCAGUAG